AUGGCAAAUGAACUAAGCUAUGGCAAAAGAGGAAAGAGGGUUUUCCUCAAGCUGAAAGCUUUCAGAACAAAAGAUGGAUAUAUUGUGGUAGGAGCAGGAAAUGAUCAACAGUUUGCCACUGUUUGCAAGAUCCUCAGUUUGCCUGAAAUCAUUCAUGACCCCAAAUACAAAAAUAACCAGCAGCGAGUAGUAAAUAGGAAAGAACUUAUUGGAAUUUUGUCAGCCAGGUUCUUGGAAGAAGAGACCUCCAAAUGGCUAGACCUCUUUGAAGGCAGUGGAGUUCCAUAUGGUCCAAUCAACAGCAUGAAGCAGGUGUUCUCAGAUCCUCAGAUACGACCAGAUCCGGCCCCAAAAAU